AUGGUUGUACAUCGAACGAAAAAGACUAUGGCGACUAAAGUUCCUUUGCGUAAGGCCCAAACACCGUCAUACGCGGUGUCCCUGAGUGUUGUGCCAUCGCAAAGUCCAGUGGUUGUUCGCCGGGCCAUCGAAACGCGAACAGAUAUAGACCAGGUAUUGCUGUUAAAAUACGAAUGUUUAACAUGCUUCCUCCUAAACUGGUACUUGUUCGAUGAAAUGUUGUUAAACUGAUAUGACAAUGGUCUGUGUUGAGCAUCGCUCUCCGUCAAGGUGUUUCAUGAUUCAAUUCUCUAAUUUCUCUAUAAUCAUUUUUCUUGAAACGUAGUACUUCUGAUACGUUUGAGGACCUUUAAAAAAAAAAUAGAAAAGAAAGAGCGCUUUUUUGCCUAAGCGAUAAAAAAGAGCUCAAAUCUAAAUAAAUAUAAUUCAGAAAAUAUCAUCUCUAGGAAUAAGGUCAGCUUUUAAUUGCUUAAACAUUAGAUUGUUGUAGAAAUGUGUGCAUGAGAUAUUGCUUUCUUUCUUUUAUAUUUUAAUUUAAACUAGAAAUUGGGCUAUUUAUUUCUCGGCUUCUUCCUGUCAUUGAAAAACACUGGAUCACUUUCAAAAAUUUUAAAAAGUUCAAGUUUUCUUAAUUUGACACGUGUCAGGAGAAAUAUAAUCGGUUCUUUACUCGUUACAAGCCUGAUUGUCGGUCGCACCUGGAAUAUCGCGCUGUUUUGAAUUUCCGCAUUGGAAUAGCUUCACAUUUGUUUAUCUCGUCGUAGUAGUUUUGUUAUCAUUUUAAUUCAGUUGUGUGAGAUUGCCCAUCCGUUUUUUAAGGCAUGCGAUAUGAUAAAGGAAUGUCUAAUCCGUUACGGGCAUGAUUUCCUCGUAUUGCAUGUAAACACAUGAAGAAGCUUAGCCGUGCUUAACUUUAUCUCGCAAAAUACUAUAAACUCACGCAUCUUAACUUUUCAACUUCUCUUUACCUGGUUUGUAUCUGAUUUCUUGUUAUAAUAACCCGAUCGUUUGCAAUUUAAUUGUAGGCAAGCAAGCAUCGUAUGAUCGAUUACUUGUCACGUAUCGUCAAGUGUAUCGUACUUCUGAAGUACCUCUUGUCGCUAUUCCAUAACUUACCUAGUAUUUGGUUUCAUUUACUCAUAGACGACGGAAACUCUUUUCUCUCAAACAAUAAGACCUUAUUUAAAACCUCCCUGCCUUCUCACGUUUACAAACAGCACCUUAUCAAACACUUUUCUUUGUAUCAAGGUGCAUCGCAGGUUACCUCUUUGUUGCCAUUUAGGGCUCAUACAUUUAGACGUUUUACGGCAAUGAAACAAGGACCCCGAGUAAAUAAGACUUAUCACUGAUAUACAAGAAAUGGUACCGGACGAUUUUAUGGAAUCGAUGUUUUAUAUCGUGUUUCGUUGUCCCUUUUUCCCUCUAUUGUUUUACGUUGUUUCGUCACGUUAAAAGGGUCAGUUGUACGCUGAUGUUUCUCCAAGAUGCCCAACGAUGUGAUGGAAACAUUAGAGGCAUUAUUUUUCUUAAUCACGUGCAAUGUUGUUGAGAAUGGAGAUCAGUUUCGAUAGUUACUGAAUCAAGACUUCCAUCGUUUUUGAACGAAAAGGAGUUUGUUUGGCUUUAAAAUGCUUCAUCUUAGUAGGGUAGAUUGAAACUCACUUUGACAAAUGGGGUUCGCAAGUCGCAUUACUCCAGUUGUUUUCAAGCAACGUAAAACUGUUUUUAGUAAACCUCUAAACAAUUUAGUAACUCAACAACUUACACAAUGGAUCAAACUGUGAAUAGUAAUAAUGAUAACCUCUUGAUUUCCCUUAAUUUCGUUCGCGUGACCGCGUUGAAGAAAGCGUGAAGACAUGCAUCUAGCGACAAGCGGAGGAAACGAACGCGAGAAUGAUUUUUAGCAGCAGCAAAUCCAAAGCAAACAACUCGAGUUUCUGGUCAUUAUGUAUCCUACCAAAAACGCUGUUGUAUUUCAAGUCAGUGUUUAAUCCAAGCGAAACGUGCAUUAUUGAAACUCCUUUAUUAAUUUACCCUUACAAAACAUUUUGGAUUCCAUGUUGCUUCCUUGCUGUCGGACCCGCCCUUUGCAUACAACUUAUUUGGCUGUUUAUUGUUUUCACGGCUUUUGGGUGACUGCACGCUAUUUUGCCCAGUGUCGCUUAAUAAUUUUUCGUUGAGAUCUGAGCUCUAAAAAGCAGGCAGUUGUUGAAUUUAGAUAAAUCCAAGAUAUCUAGACUAUUUGGGGUGGUUAAUUCAAAGUAUUGUUUCUCCAAAAAUGUAGACAUUACCCUUUGCGUCCUACACAUUUCAUUGACUAAUAUUAUCUUCUCUUCUUUAUCUCUCCAUAGUGUAAAAUCUACGACAUACAAGAUAGAUUUCCUAGUGACAAUUUAUGCCUGUCAGAGAAACAGAAUUUACAUGUGAGUUCCUCAGCUUUGUUGACAGUUGAAGGGCUGACCAAUGAUUUUACGAGGCUGCAAUGGGGCUAGACCAGCGGUCUUCCCUGCGAGGCCUUUGUGAUUUUUUAUCGGUUGAGUCAUUCUGUACACUAUAUUCCAAUAUAGCGAGAUUGAAUAUCAUGUGACGUUUGCAGCUAACCUGAAAGGAAACUCCCUUAAUCACGACAGGCUAAGGUCUCAGACGAACAAAAUAAAAGAGAGCCUGCUUGCAAACUAGUUUGAGGAACAAAUUACCGCCAUACGAUUUCUACACCCAAACGAAAUGAGUGACUGGUCAACAGUCGGUGAUGUGGUGACGUGGUCGUCCUUGUCGAUUGCCGUGAACUCUGUGGAUUUUUGUCUUUUAAAAGUGGCAUACCGGCAUCUCGUCGCCUAAAGGUCCUCUGCGUCUAUUUUAACUUUUUUCUUUUAUGUCAACAGCGUCACAAAGCAGCCUCGAGGCGACGCUCUGCUCCAACGACUGUAAUUAAGGCGGCUUUGGCUGGAAAAACACACUCCACGAAAAGGUAGAAACUUCUUAGUGCAGCAUAACAAAAAAGUACUGCUUUAUAACUCACGUUUGCUUGGACAAACCUGGAAUUUCUUUCUUCACCAUCAUAAACAGCACCGCCGAAAACUGAGUACCGCUAGUUAGUUUUUGUUUUAGAGGAUACACUUAACGAUUUUACCAAAAAGCCAAAAGUCAAACCCACCUUCUCGGCAUGAUAACAGUUUCUGUGCAAACCUACUUCUCAAUAUGUAUGGCCUCAAAAUAAAAGUAUUUGCUUUACGGACCCAGUGCCUCUGGAUAAAGUGAAAAGUUAGACAUAUCUUGUACUGUACUGCAUGUAAAUCAUUACUGAGAAGAAUGGCCUCAAUAAGCCGGAACAUCACGGUAAUGUGAAGCUGUCAGCCUGGCAGGCGUACAGACCCAACUCAGUUCUUCUCUUGGUCAUAGACAGAAUGUUCCUUGACUGCAUACUACAUACUUAUCGCGCAGUAGGUCACUGCCAUUUUGAAUGGCUACCCUAAACUCGUAAAACCCUUACUUCUUUUCGAAGGCGUCAUGUUUUUGGACACGUUUCAGUAUCUCUAGAACGUGCUACUAUCUACUCGACGUUAAGACUUUGAUGACAAGCACGGCUGUGAAAUCAUUAUCGAGAAUAUUUAAACGGAUCUUUUCGUCCUGUUGAAAACUUUUUAACAUCAUUUUUGCCAAAGACCUGGUAUUUAUUCAGUUAAGUUUCGGAAACUCCUCUUGUCCUAAAUUACUGAGCUCUUGAAUAUGACGCAGUUUAAAUUCGUUUAACCAACCGAGAAUGAAGUAUUCCUUCACUCAUAGCGGUUUUUUGCUCUUGUAACAACUGACACUCAAUCGUAAUUGUACUUGAUGAAACUUGUAUAACUUGUUAACGACCGGCUAAUAUUUUAAGUAUGUCUAAUCAAAGUGUACUUCAGAUGAAGUCGCGUGAGGACCAUUUCAAGUGACAAAUUACAAGUGGCCUGGGACCUGGUUCCGCUGUGGAGAAAAAGUGGCAAAAUAUGGAGUGAAACGGCUUUAAAAAAUCGCCUUUUUCCCUAACUGGGCAGCCUGGUCCCACACUAAAUUACAAGCAGACGUAGACAUUGUACAUCAAAAUUUAACAUCUGGAAAAGCUUAGUUUUAAUACGCCUCCUGUUAUACAAAAUUUUGGUCAUUGCUCAAGACAUAUUGCCUUUAAUUUGGCCGAGGUUGUUUCAAACUGAAGAGAUCUAUUAUUGGUAAGAACCAAACCUUGCAUGGUUCAUUGCCCGUUCGGUUCUGUGAAAUAACUACCCUACUUUUGUUUUCUAAUGGUGUCCACUUACAAAAGUCAAAUUGUAGACAAUUUACAACAUUUUGGAUAUUAGGUAAGCUCUGACUGAAUUCAGACAAAGAAGUCGUUAACGAGUUUUUCUCCGAUUGCAUACCUUAAUCGACGAGACUUUUUGAACACUAGAGGGAACGUAAGAAGACUGCACUUGACGCUUUCCUUGCCACCACUCUACUGAAUUACCGUUUAUAAGUUCUUGUAAGUAAAUCCUUGGAUAAAAGUAUUAACUUCAAUUCUUGAUCGAAUUUAGGGUAAUACAUGACGUAAGCGCUAAUGGUUUGCUAACUGCGAAUGCUGGAAGAAAAGAACUUAUUUGAUAUUACGUUAAAUAAAUAUGGUAACCUUUUUGCUAAUAACGUUUGUAAGCGACCGCCAUCAAUAAGCUUAUGGUCGCUUACGAGAGCCAAGUUUAUUUUCUUGUAGAUUAACUGGAAAUGUCUUUUUUCAGUUCUACUAUAGACGCAGGGAGCAUGCGCAUGAAGACCCACUCAGAGACCACAUCUCCAUUGUCACCAGAACUGGUCCCAUCCAGGACAUUUGUAAGAGAAGGACCCGUUCAACUCUCAUCAGUAAGUGGUCAUUUGAUCAGCAGUGUACUUCUCCUAACUGAGAACGGUAGGAGGUUUGAAGCCUUCGAAUUCCAAAGGCCGAGACUUUCUUUAUUGUUCUCUGUCUUUUUUCGCUUCAAAGAGCGAAAUACAAUAUCUUUCAUUUACCGCAGUUCGUGAAUACUUUACUCCCGCCCCACGGAAUAAAAUAUUAUAUAAGAAGCGAAGGAAAUAUUAAUAUUUCAUUUUUUAAUUAUUCAGUUUAUUGGACUUUGAAGGCCUGCUCCCAUAUUAUAGUUUGCAUAUGGCCUUCCUCUCCAAACAUCCGUACAUAAUUAUGCGGUGUUGUUUAUUUUUAUUUGUUUUCUUCAUUCUAUUGUUUCCUUUCUUCUUUCAAGGGAAUGUCUUCUCAAGACAGGCAUUUAUUUCUAUUCGAUGAUAUUUUGUUGGUCGCGAAGUCCAGGUGAGUGCUUGAAGUCCAGGGAAUUCCCGUUGAGACAUGUUUCACCCGCAAACCUUCCUUGGGCUGGCUGAUCAUCCAUUCUUUUCAUCUCUAGGUGCAUGGUUGAACCGUUUGUGCAAGAAAACUGUAAUAGUUAUCAACAUCCAACAUCCCCUUCAUUUAUCACCAGUAGGGUAUUAUCGGGAAUUCUUUUUUUUUUUUCGGUAGACAGUCGUCGACCUAUCACCGUUGUCCUUAAAAAAAGUGGUCUUAAAUCUCUCCAACUUACUCUUUCUGAUUCCAAUGAAUUCAGUCUUCGCGAAGUUGAGUGCUGUUGUCUUUUCAGAUCUACGUCGUCAUUCAAGCUUAAACACCGUGUAAGAGUCAGCGAGAUCUGGUUGGCAAGCUGUCUUGAUGACGUCUGUGAAACUACCAAACCAUUAGAUAGAUCAUUUGUGGUCGGCUGGCCUACCACGAACUUCGUGGCCACGUUCAAGUAAGAAAAAUAAAAGAGACCUUUAGAUUCAAGGACGAGAACGACUGUGACUACAAGUACGAGAUUUGAUUUAAAGUUUUUUCGCGUGUUGUCAAAAAAAAAAAAGACAUCCCGGAAUGCUUUAUUGUAUCUUUUUUCACCAGAAAAGUUAGCACUGUUAUCUUUAGUGAAGGAGGUUAAGCCCUCUCCCGACCUCAAGACUUGAUAAAACUUUUAACAUUUGAUAACUUGUUUCUACCACCACGACAUUCUCGCUAAUUUUCGUAGAAGAAUGACGACGACUAUCACGUUUCCCCGCCAAAUUGACGCUGGUUCACGCGCGCGCACUUCUUAGUAUUGAGAAAAUCUCCUCCUUGUAGUCGUUCAGGUGUCUUAGGAUGUAAAAGUCUCUGAAAUGAAAUUGUUACUACUGCAGUCAUGCUUAGAACAUCGUCUUUUAUAAAAUUCCAUCUGGAAUGCGGUUAUCUAACUUUUGCCGCUCCUGCGCCUUUCUAGUUGUGUCUUGUGUCAAACGGAGAACAAUUUAACAAUACACAAUCAUUCACAAAAAUUUCUUUUUCAAUAUGCGGCCAUGGAACAUGACUGUAUUUGCCGUUUACUUUUAGCGAGCAUGACGAUUUGAUUUUUUCACUCGUUUUACCCAGAGAAGCAGGCGACAGUAUCACUAAGCAUCUUCAACAUUACGUAUUUAGAAAGUUGUUUCCACUCGUUUAAAAGAUGAACCGGUGCUACAUUUCCGUGUGGCUGCUGUGGUUUCAUCAGUUACGUUUGUAAACAAAAUACAAGCUUUACGCUACUCUUAGUUUAGUCUAGUUGGUCUUCGUCCCUCCUGAGCGUAUUUCAGCCCCCGUAAAAGGCCAAAGCUUAAAAAAAUGAAUUUUUUUUCAGUUCGUCAGAAGAAAAAGAAGCUUGGCACAGCGCAUUAACAAAGUAAGUGCUAGAUUGAACGAAUUAAGGAUAGUCAUUUUCUUUCCUUUCACUCCUAAUUAACUGCAAUUUAUUUUGGUUCGAGUACACUCUUUACAUACCUCGAUCAAAAUAUGCAUUUUACUGUUUUGUUAUUUUGAUCGUGGACAAUUCAGGAACAAAUCCAGAAAGGAAACACUGAACGAUAACGUAAGUGUUAAAUGCACGAGCUUCAAGGGAGUGUUCAGGGGCGUUUAUCUCUUGAAUGGUUUGCAUUUUAACACAUGGAAGUUCAAUUUCCUAUUUAAUAAAUAAUUAAACCGUUUACAUGAAAAGAUGGAAAUCGGUCCGCAUCCACUUUCUUCACAUUCGGCUACACCUAUGCCUAGACUUCCGUAUUCGGAAAGACUGCUAUGUUAGAGAUGUUCGAAUAUACCAAAUCCUGGGAUUCACUGUAAGGAAGGCGAAUCCCAUCCCAGCCAGAAAGCCGAGAAUAGACCCUUAUUCAGUACAUAAAACAAAGCAAAUGUGGUCUACGUGUUAACAACAGGUUCCGCUUUUCCGUGCAUGCUUUUUCUACGUAAGGGAUGAAAGUGUGAUAUUGAGACUUCUACUUUGUAUUUCCGAGUUCGGCUGAUGAAUAAACAUUGCAUAACACACUCGUCUAUUCACCGCAUACCACUGUUGCUUGCACUCUUUUAGACAUAUUAAAGAGCAAAAGGACGUAGAAGACCCUAAAUCCGUUAACCUAAAAGUUUAUAACAGAGAUAUGGACUCACCGGAUUCAUCUGGCUAUGUAAGUACCACGCUUAAAAACCCUUUCCGCCGUUGAUAACUAACAUUGAUCCUGUACAAUCAAACACUGCAAGUGUCGCAUGCUAAAACGUGAAAGAUGCUUACGAAAGAAUUCCUUCACUGGAGACAAUUGCCUGCCCCUUGCCUUCCCCGUAAUACUUACUGCUAGGAUCCUUAAUCUUGCCCUGCCACUACCCUCCCCGUAAUCCCUGCUCCUAGGAUCAUUAGUCUACACAUUACCAGGCGUUAGAAGGUCGUAGUGAGGGCCACCUGAUUACAAGUUUGAUUCGAUUUUUCUUUCCCAACUUUUUUAUCUUCCCAGUCGAAGUCUUUUACUGUGUCCAACAUGGACGAUGCUUCUACUGUUGUUAAGAUGUCUCUGACGCAGUUUCACGCACAGGUGAGUUUUUCUUAGGCCAUGUUUGCAUAGAUGGAGGGAGCUAGUCCUCCUUUAUUAUAGAGACGUUAAAAGGUAGGGCUAUCUUGUCUUGUACACUUAAAGCUAGUUAUUUGCCAAUUGUAGAGUUUAUCGCGCCAGUCAUUAGCCUUUCAUGAGGGUUAUCCUCGACCUCCGCACAGCCAAAACAGCCGUCCAGCAGAGUGACACUAGCAAUCAUAAAGGAUCGCCCUCACUCUAGAGUUACCCUACCUCUCUCGUUGUAAGCGAAACCGAGCAAUAAAUGCACUAGAGGAUGAAUGAAUGAAUGAAUGAAGCUUAUGGGGGGGAGGGAAGAGGAGCUUAAUAACUCUCUUCCCCUCAAAAGAGGAGGGUGCUUAUUUGAGAGAUGGGGCUCAACCGAGGAUUUAAGGUUUGUAUAUACACUUCGUUCCACUGAAAGAACAUGAACAGCAUGCCAAGCGUGAUAAAAGUUUUUUCGACUGUAUCUUGUCUUUUCAGACUGAAGAUGUUUCCGAAUACCAGCUUUGGGUUCUUUCAGGGAAGGAGGACGGUGCUUAUCCACUCAUAGGUGAGUAAUAAAACACUGAAUUAACAAACCAUACUUGAGCACCUUAGGCUGGCUUCCCAAACCCAAUACAAAAGUCCUUGAUUCAAUGCCUUGAGUUAUAAUCGUUUUAAACAAGCUAACGCAGAGAUUCUAACCCUGUCAACUGAUAGAAAGAGAGGUUUGUGGAGCGGCGCGAGCGCCGGCAAAGGCGCGAGCCUGUUGGGUGGUCCAGGGGCAUGCUCUCCCGGGACAAAUUGUAAGAUAUGUGCCUCUAAGGUGCCAUUUCCUGCAUUUUGAGAUCACAGUCAAUAGAAAAGAGUGGAGUUUUUAACAGUGGAAGCUAAAAGGCCUAUUGUUCAUUAUCACAUCAGUGCAUUACCGCGCCCAAAAUUAUAGCAGGCUCAUGCUCAGAUGCUAAAAGGGUAAAAGUGGCUGAGAAACCACAGAAAACGGCAAAGAAUCGUGCCAAAAAAGAUUGGUUCACAUUAUAUUUCUUUGACUAGAAAGAGUUUCAAAAACCCGGAGAAUAUUUCGCGAAAACGGGAGGUUUCCGGCCAAAACGGCAGGGUUGGAAUCUCUGCUUAAGUACUAAGAUAGCAAAUACUUUUUUAAACAGUCAAUCAAUCGAUCAAUCAAUUUAUUAGUGUCAUAGAUAGGGUUGCCGCGAGUAUCCUAGCCGGAGGCUCAUGUAUAAAACGCAUGACAGAAAUAAUAAUAAUAAUAAUAACAAUAAUAAUAAUAAUAAUAAUAAUAAUAAUAAUAAUAAUAAUAAUAAUAAUAAUAAUAAUAAUAAUAAUAAUAAUAAUACACUAUAGAAUCAUAAUCUAAAACUUGACAUGUUUAACUUUGUAUGUAUAACAGAAAAAUUUGAUUGCAAAACAUUUUAAAAAUUAGAUUACCUAACAACAAACUGCUUUUUCUCAAUGCAGGUCAUGAGUUUCCCUUUGCGAUAAAAAUGAAUCACAUGAGGGAGGCAGCCCUGACAGAUGAAGAUGGGUUUCCUUUCGACUUUGAUCAGCAGUUGCCCUCAAUAGACCCAUUGUCGCCAGAGACACAGUGCCAGUUUAUAUUGAAGAGAAACAGGAAAAUUCCCAACAGAGUCAUUAUAGGUGAGACGGGGGGAGCUACUCACACAGGCAACAAGAGUGCGGAGAGGUCAGAUGCGGUUAAACUAGCCGCUUUUAUCAGCGCGUUAAGGCUAGGCUUGGAUAAAUUAUGCCGGCAGAAUUUCGAGCAGAAUAAGCGAUUUUUACGAGCAGUGCCGGCAGGCAGAAUAAGCCAUUUUACGAGCAGAAUUUAUCCAAGCCUAGUUAAGGCCUCUUAUGGCUCGGGAAAAAUGCAUUAUGUCAGCAAGUUCAAAAGAAGCGACUGAUGGGGACGAUAGAACAACCAAUCAGAAGAGCGGAUUUGCCGAAAAUUCCCCGCGUAAAUGACGCACUACCGCGGGAAGCAAGUAUUCAUGUAAACACUACGAAGUGAAAUACUGCUAGAUAUUUGCUUUUUUCGUCGUUUAUUGAUAAUGACUAUUACGUUCUUUUUAGUGUUGAAUUUUGAAGGAAAGCUUGUGGUCAAUUUCUUGCUGCAGUAUAUACUUUUGGUUUUAGUUUCAGGCCAAUGGCGCUUAACAUUUGUUCACAGAGAAAGUUGAAUCGAUUCCUCGUUUUCUACAAGUUAAAUUGUCUAAGUCUGUCAUUUCGCGAUGAUUACGAAGACCUGAAGUUAAUUUAUCAAUUAACCCGCAAGAAAACAUUGAGUGUGGAAUCAAUGAACCAACUGUCAAUCUUUUUAAUUUUUUUCUUGUUCUCAUGUAUUUUCAGACGUACAUAAUGCUCCUAGCAAACAGCGCUGGAAAAAUCCGAUAAAAAAGUCACCAAUCAUCAACUGGGCCAUGCACAAAAAGACAACAGGAUCAACAAAAUCCAACUCCAUCGACGGACAUGCAGGAGGAAAGUAAGUAAACAGAAGUAUCGUAACAAGGUUAAAAUUGCCUACUUGUGAAAAAACAUGACUUCCUUCGACUAUAUUUUACACCAACUUGCCUUUUAUUUUUUGAGGGGAGGGAGCAUCUGUACACAGGCUAACCCAGUUCUCAAAUUAUUAAAUCAAACAUGUCGUGACAUGUUAACACAAUGGAUGAAUAAAGUUGCUGAAUAGUUGGUUAGCCUGUCCACCCGCUACUUUUCCAGCGCGGCUUUAUUCGUACUUCCCGUCAACUAUCAGUUUUUAGUAAAAUCCAACUCGGGGUCUAUUAUCAAUGCUGCGUUCUGAUUGGUUGAGCUACUACUAGGCUAUAUGUUAUAGCCCCCUAGUAGCGAAAAGCGCGGGCUUUUUGACGGCAAAAAAUUGGAUUAAAGCCUAGCUUUAACUAGCUAAAAUUUUUUUAUGCUCGAUAUUUUUGACCAACCAGUUGGAUUUUACUAAAACAAUUAUUCCUCUUGCCCUCAUGGCCUCUGAGUCAAUAGCCCAUUCGGCCUUCGGCCUCAUGGGUUAUUGACUCAGAGCCCAUUCGGGCUCGAGGAAUAAUUAUUAAUUAUUAACAUUCUCUUAAAGGAACUCUCAUAUUUAUUGACGGUGAUCAGUAACAAAUUCGUCCUUGUAACAUAAUUGCUGAAUUUACUAGACAGAUAACGUGUAUUAAGCAAAUAAUCAUGUAUACAAUAUAGGCUCUUGAACAGUCUACAUGUACUACAUUUAUGAAAGGUGUGUUUAAGGCACAUGAGGAGAAUGUACAUGUUGAUGCAACAGAGUCCAGAAAGUAAUAUCUGAUGGUAGCCUUUAAAACACGGCUCUGCUGUAAUUAUUUAUUUGCACUUGUAACAGAGUCGACAAAUAGCGUGAAAUCUUUACUCUGUGUUCUCAUUUGUUAAUCCUUAGUUAAAAUUGUGUUUGUUCUCCACUCGUUCCCAGGCUUUUCGGGAUACCUUUGAGUCAGUUGUGUUCCGAGGAUGAACCUGUACCCAAAGCUGUCCUGGAACUGUUGUUAUACCUCUUCCGGUAUGGACCCAAUACUACCGGAAUCUUCCGGAAGUCUGCUAAUGCCAGGAUUGCUAGAGAAAUCAAGCUGGAGUUAGAUGAAGGUUUGUUGAUUUGAAGCAAAUGCAGGAUUCAACCACAGCCUCUCCUAUAAGCACCCGUAGCGUUGUGAUCAUUUUGUCUCUGAGCAUUUCUUGAAAAAAAGAGAAUGAAGUUAUAUAUAAACUUGCCACCGAAAAGCAAUAACCUCCUAGCGUUGGAUGAGCCGCGCCCCCUUUUAAAGUGCACUUUAAAAAGCAAGGUUUCCUUCGAAACUUGUUACAGAAAUCUUGCUUGUAUAAGUACUCCUCAAUAAACCCCAGUCCAAAACCACUAAAACACCGAAGCCCAAGAGAUCGAAAUAGAGGAAAUACGGUAGAAUCAGUGAUUGAGUGAUCAGUAUGUUAGUGUCUGCAGUUUCCUUGUUAAUUGAGUGGCCGUUUGCUUUCAGGUAAAGUCUGUGACUUUGAAGAUGUUUCGGAAGUUGUAGCUGCCUCUGUAUUUAAGGUAACUUGUCAUAAGAAAUACAUUACAUACCGUGCGUUUUUCUCUGUUACAGUGUAUCGCCUAAACCAAACAAAGUCCUUUUUUCUUCUUGUUUCUUCUGUCAUAAAAAAGUGAUGAAGAUAACGGGUUAGACGCUUAGAAUCAUAAAGAAAUCAAUGGAAAUCAAGUUUUAAAUGGCUUGAGUGUUCGCAUACCUUUUGGUGAAAACCACUCCCGCUCUGCCAGUGACUAGAGGACUGGUUUUUCUCCUUUUCAACCUGUUUGAAUUAAGAUGUUCCUAUAACUAUAAAUAAGCUGUUGUUGCUCUAUUUUUAAUGGUGUGUAUUGUCACUUUUUUUAGGAAUUUCUUCGUCGCUUACCUGACUGUAUUUUUGAAAGUGAAAAUUAUGAAGAUCUUGUCGCUACCACAAACCUCGAAGAUCGUGAGGAAAGAGUGCGACAAAUCAAGGGGUAGGAGGCACUUUUUUACGAAAUAAUUUGUACACUUGUAUGUCUGUUAUCACAUGUUAACCGCGGCAGGAUUACCUCAGUCGGUAGAGCGCUUGAGUGUAGAGCGGUAGGUCGUGCCGUGGGUUCAAUUCCCGGGACCGGACCAGUACUCAGGGUCUUAAAAUAACUAAGAACUGAAGGUACUGCCUUUGCCCCGCAAAUGGCUUGACCUUCGCGUGGCGGUGAUGACCACGUAAAAUGGUGGUCCCGUACCGAUUACUACCUCGGGGGGGGGGGGGGGGGGGGUUUUGUGGGGAGUUGUGUGGGGUGUGUUUGGGUUUUGGGAACGCCCAAUUUCCCACUAAAAAUAAAAAAAUUUUUCUUGAUUUCCCGGGGGCGGGGGGGGGGGGGGCCGGGCCCGCGCCCCGGUUUGGGGCCCCCCCCCCCCCCCCCCGUUUUUUUUUUACUUCUCCCCCGUCAACUCCCUAGACAGGGUAGUUUUGAGGAGCUUAGUUGGUGGUGACUUCGGUUUUGGCAAGCCAUCAGUUCCACUUAAUACUAAACAUCAUCUUCUGAGUUCUCCGUGGCCGGUGGGGCAGCGUGCCGGGCCGCGCACCGAGUUCGAGUCCCGCUCCGAUCACUCCGAUUUGUUUCUUGCUAGUCCCCAGUCAAGUCCUUGACCAUGCUUGAAAUAGCCAGCUGUUUGCCUCUGGUCUGUCGGUCUUCUUAGCACUGCUUUGUUCUUUUUUAAUUAUUUGUUUCUAAUUUUUUGAGUUCCCCAGUUUCUCACUCGCUAGAUGAGAGUUUCUAGCUGAAGCUAUUAAGACUGACAGUAUAAACAAAGUAUGUAAAUUUUUUGUUGCCCGUGCCGAUUUCGUUAAUUCUACCCCUGUUGUGUUUUGUUUUUCAGGAUUUUGGAAGGAAUCAACCGUUACAAUUACGAACUGUUAAAAAGGUUUUUGUGCGUGUUGUAUCACAUCGCUGAUAAUGCGGAAACAAACAAUAUGAACGCUUAUAACCUCGCUGUGUGCGUGGCUCCCAGCAUGCUGUGGGCACCCAAAAGUUCCAAUAUUCCGGCCACUGAACAAUCAAACUCAGUUCCCCCGGUCAUACAGUUUAUUAUUGAGCGUUGUGUUGAUAUUAUGGGAGACAGUGUCAGGACAACCCUCGGUGACCGAACCGAUUUCGCUGCUAAUCACGUAGGUAGUGAUUCUGAGGGUAGUACCCAGGACUCACGGACAGCUCUCAGUCAAUCCUCUACCGAUGAUGGGAUAGAAUCACCUGAACCUCUAAGUCCCAAAGGAGAAAGGACUUCAAUUCAUUUAAGUGAUUCGAACUUAUAUGUUUCGAGUACGCUGGCCGUGCAUCCACCGAACAAGAGUAUUAGCACUCCGAACUCUCCGUGUGAUUCAGGGAUUCCAUCUCCAAGUUCAUCGCCGCCGCUUAAGAGGCAUGAUGGCGAAUUUUCUAAUCAACUUAGAGCCACUUUUUAUGAACCUAAUCAAAUCAAAGGACAUUUGCCGCUCGGACGACGUAGUUCCGAACCGCUCGGGUUACCGCCGGAUUCUUUGAAACUUCGACUGAAGGGUAAUCGGAAAUUUCCGAACUCUAAACGACAGUUGAGUAGUACAACGACAAGUGCUGAACUUAUAGAACACAAACAAGCUCCAAAGACUACAGCCAGUGGUCGCAAGUUAGAAACUGCGGUGCUGCGCCGAGCCCAUUCUCCUCAAACUGUACGACUGUUUCCUGUAACGCAAAAUGUCACGCAGUAUCAACGUCUUAAUUUGAUACCAAGUUAUCCGGGCUCUGUGUCACGGGCUUUAGAAGUCAAGCACUCUGUUCAAACACAAAGUUUGAAUACCGAUAGUCGUGAGGGUAACUCAAGUUCUCCUAUUCCGCCUAGCUCCCCAGUAUCUAAACAGCCCCCAGGGGGUCCCCGAUCUCCGUCUCCUAACCCUGAUCAAGUCUUUCAAGCUGUAGAUCGGCGAAGACAGCCAGCCGCUCCGUCUUAUCAAGAGCAUAUGCAGCGUAGGAGGGAACUGAAUCCAAAGCCCGCGUUUUUCCCAGGGUUAGACACAAAGGAUGCGAAAGAUGUGGACUCUAGCAAGGAACAAGGUUCUCCUAGGGAAAGUAAGGAAUUUGUGGAAUUUAAAGAGCAGGUACAACAGUAUCGUGUGGCAGGGAGACCUGGAUUUUUUCACGAUCGGUUGGAUUCUGAAAGAAGUGAGACUUCCUCGGGUCCUCGAACCCCUCUGUCCUCGUCAAGCCAGCAUGAAAAUGUGUUUGAACAAGUGGAUGAUUCUUCUGCGGGUUCUGUAGCGAAUACGGGUGUCCGGAAACUCGAACAUUCACCAUUUGGACUGAACCUGCAUCAUAAGAGAAACAUCAGCGAAGGAUCUUAUAAAAAACAAACCACAGAAAAUGCUAGGAAACCUAUUUCAUCAAGUGCAAGCUCUGGCCAGCUUCGUUCCGCCAGUAGUUCUGUUUCAUCAAAUGUUUCAAAUUCCAUUCCUCAUAACUCUUCUCUCACUCAUUUUCCUCACUCGGAGUUCUUCCCACACGAAGCUCAGACAAAAACGCAUUGGGGUUCUUCGGUAGAUACUCGAGGAACUUCGGCAGUUCCGAACUCUAACUCGCCUGGCGCUUUCCGACUUCGGAGAGGCAGCGCAACUUCUUCGUCAUCGUCUGUGUCGAGUUUGGAUGAACGAUCCAGCAUCGGCAACGACUCGACGUUUUCUGAAGGGAAAACGGACGUGACGCAGAUUCGUGAUAUCAAGGAAUUGCUCAGUGAAACUACUCAGGCGAACGGACUGAAAAUCAGCCCUCAAACCGCACAGGCGAUAGCUAAAGUACGUACUCCGUACCAGACACAACCGAGCACACCGUACACAGUCCCCUCUCAUGAUGAUAUCGAAAAAAUUCUGUCCACAGAAGAAUCUUACGUCUAGCGCU